AUGCGAUCGGUAUCUAACAGGGCCUUGCCACUUGCUGCUCGCUAUAUCUCUGUUCUGUUAGCCGCCUUCUUCGUAUACUACAUCGUCCGGGAGCCGUUGAAUAUAGCUGUCAGCAAUAUAUCGCUUCUAAGGAACGGUAACUUCUUUACUACCACAGCAGGGGGCGACCGAAACGUCCUUUCCAUUAUUGGCGGGAAAGAAGGUCCCGAUGGUGAGGAAACCAACCAGAGCCCUGCUGAUGUAGCCCAAGCUAUCCAUGAAAAGAGCGUGCAGAAGCCGAUGAACGAGGCGGAAGACGUGGUGAAUUACGUCAAGAAGUAUAAACCGGAACCUAUACCGUCCGCUCCUAUCGGGGAUCAUUUCCCCUGGCUCACGCAUUCCGACUCUCCGCCUCCAGUUCGCGAAAACAACCUGCCUCCCAACCCACACGUCGACGAAGCAACAUCGCUACUCAUCGGCUUCACGCAAAAUUGGCCGUUACUGCUACAAUGCGUGAGUAGCUAUAUCGCGGCGGGAUGGCCGCCGGAGGACAUCUAUGUGGUUGAGAACACGGGGACAUUCCACGCGAACCGGCACGCGGAGCUCGAGCUGCAGAACCCCUUCUUCCUCAACUACACCGCGCUGGGCCUGCUGGGCGUGAACGUCCUCGAGACGCCCACCCUGCUGAGCUUCGCGCAGCUGCAGAACUUCUUCCUGCACGAGGCGUUCGAGCGCCGGUGGCCGUUCUUCUGGUGGAGCCACGCGGACGUCCUGGUGCUCAGCGACGAGGACGUCAAGAAGAACGACCGCGACCACGACUGGGACCACGACCCGUACGCGACCAUCUACGAGCGCUGCGUCGGGCUGCUGCGGUAUCUGAACGGGCCGGACAUGCCGCCGUGGGCGACGCAUUUCUUCGCGUACGACCGGCUCGCGCUCGUCAACCGCGACGCGUACCUCGGCGCCGGCGCCUGGGACACGCAUAUCCCGUCCCACGCCGCGGACUGCGACAUGUACCUCCGCCUGCAUUGGGAGGGGUACUGGCAGCCGCAGAGCGAGGCGGGGCUGGUCUUCGACGUGUCGACCGCGCUGGACGACAUCGCGGCGCUGUUCCGGGUCCCGGGCGCGCACGCCACGUUUAGAGGGGACCCCGUGUACGCGGCUGCAGGCGACAAAGAAAGCGACGGCAAGGGCACGGACGCUUGGGCGUCGGAAAAGGCGCAUCGGGAGGCGCAGAUGAAGCGGGAGCAGGACAUGUGGGCGUGGGUGGACAAGCAGGGGGAGACGUUCGCGCACCUGGUCGAGGUGGCGAAGCGCAUGCAGGACGCGAAGCGGGCGGACAAGGGGGUGCGACGGACGAGGCAGACGGGCGGACGGGAGGAUGCGUUCUACCGCGACCCGGAGGGGUUCGAGGCGGGGCUGCAGACGCUGGCGGAUGCGGGGCGUCGGGUGUUCGCGGAGAAAUGGGGGCAUCGCGGGUGCGAUUUGGUGGCGCUGGGGAUCGAGGGGAAGGACGAGUGGCGCCUCGAGCGCGAUUGGGAUAUUAAUGAGAAUGUGGACAAGAGGGAGUAG